AUGCUUUGGGCGGCCUUCACCCUUGCCUUUAUUGGGUUUUUAAGAUCCAGUGAAUUCACUUGCAAUGGCCCCUUCGACCCCUCUGUCCACCUCACUUCCAAGGACAUCACACUGGUACCCAACUCCCACUCACCCAGCCAUAUGCUAGUCCACAUCAAACAAUCCAAAACUGACCCCUUCAGACAGGGCCACACAAUCACCAUUGCAAAGUCCUCGUCACCUAUCUGUUCGGUGAUGGCCAUGAAAGACUAUCUCCUUCAAGUCCAGCCAACAUCAAGCCACCCUCUGUUCGCCUUCGUCCAACCCAGACAAUGGCUUACACGGAACAAUCUCACAACAGACCUUAGGUCAAUUCUUCACCACUGUGGUCUCCCUGCCAACAAUUUCUACUCCCACAGUUUCCGUAUUGGAGCCGCCACCACAGCAGCCAAAGCUGGCCUUCCACCCUGGCUUAUUAAAGUUCUAGGCCGCUGGAGCUCAGACUGUUAUGAACGCUAUAUAAGGACCCCUAAAUGUACCAUUUUAGAAGUACCUAGACUCUUAGCCAAUACUAGUCCAUAA